AUGUUCCUCCGCCAAAGCUUGCUGUUCACCGCCACCCUCCUCUGGAACCAAACCGAAUCGGCUCUCGACAACCGUAACAAGACGCUUGCUGUUGGUCUCCACCACAGCAGCCUCCCACGCCCGAACGAGAACCCGCUCGAUGUCCAAACACUAUCGGAGCUCCAGGAAUCAGCUACUGUGAACGUGACCAACCGUGUAGACCAGGAAGAUGAAGCGAGGUUCGUUAGCUCUGCUCUUGUAGGGAACCUACGGAACCAUGCGGCGAUAUUCGCAGUAAAUAUGGCCGUGGCGAGAAAGCUCCCUCCUGCCUUGGCUUUCAGCGCUCUACGCGUCGGGAAGGGUCAAGACAAUUCCGAUGAGGUGUUGUGUACCUUGAUCAAGUAUGCCUCGGAGUACGAAGCACCAAAAGGUCAGGAACGCUGGUACACCCCUGAAAAAGUGUUUUCCUUGCUGGUGAAAACCCGUUCGGUGGACAAGGUGCUGGGCUUGUUCAAGGCAGCCAAACUGCAAACAGACGUGGAAAAGCUAUUUGGUCUUCUGUACCAAGAAGGUUUCUCAACACUGCGCGAGUCGAUGAAUCAGGAGUGGCUGGCUUCAAAAACUAAGCCUGACGUGGUUUUUCGUCUUCUGGGCCUUACUAAGGGCCUUCUCGAAAAGCAGUCCCUGAACGUCUACCACUGGGUUCUGUACUGCCAAAAGUUCAGGCAAGAGUACGAUGGCAAAGCUUCAGCUGUUGAGAAUAUAGCGAAACCUUUGCUGGAAGCAGGAACUGUCCCCCGUCUCUUGUUGUUCAGAGAGGACUUCGUGCGCGCCAACAGAGUGCAUAAGGACCUGAUGAAACUCGUCGACAUGAUACAGGAUGCACUGUACGAGGGACUGAUCGAAACGAAGAAGAUAUCGCCGGUCUUGGCCUAUCGCCAUCUGCAGUGGUACAAAAUACAGAAUGCGUCGCAACUACCGAAAUCGUCAAGUGCUUUGGAAGACUUCACGUCGGCAUAUGAAAGCCACAUGGCGUCUUUAAAGAAGAAAUAG